GUUCCGGUUGUGGGCUCGCGUUGCUUUAAUUUAGUAUAAAUAAAAUGAGAUAAAUUUAGUUGACAAAGUAACUUGCAUAGUCAUAUCAUAGUACUGUGUAUAUUACGAAAUAUUCUAAUGCGUACGUUAUAAUUUCAAAAAACAUAUUUCUUUUCAAGAGUUGUCAAGCAUUCUCCGGCAAAAAUAUGGAGGCACAGACGCCCGAAAUUGAACCAGAUCUAUCCGCACUCGAUAAUAGUAUUAAUAUGCCGCUAUCCACAAAAUGCAAUGCGGAUAGUACUGUUGAUUUAGAUGAGGCAUCCAUUGCCAAGGAAACAGCGCGGUCUCACUCAAAAUCACCCACACCUGCUGAAGACAGUUAUGCUGUAGAUAAUGAACCACACUCAACUAGCCAAUCUCCAACUUCUAAGGAAUUGAGACGUUCCCGUAGUCGAUCACAGCAUUCUGAAAAUCCUACUCGUUCCCGUGAAAAUUCCAAGGGAUCAGAAGAUGGUUCUCAGCAUUCUCGCAGUGGUUCGAAACACUCACAAAGGUCACGCAGUGGAUCGCGCCGCUCGCGAAGUGGAUCGCGUCAGUCGCGUAGUGGAUCACGCCGCUCCCGUAGUGGAUCACGCCGUUCCCGUAGUGGAUCACGCCGCUCCCGUAGUGGCUCAAACCGAUCCCGCAGUGGGUCAGGCUCACGCCGGUCUCAUAGCGGAUCCAGACGUUCCCGUAGCGGUUCGGGUUCACGUCGCUCACGCAGUGGUUCAGGCUCACGCCGUUCUCGCAGUGAUUCAGGGUCACGACGUUCCCGCAGUGGCUCAGGGUCGCACCGUUCCCGUAGUGGUUCUGGCUCACGCCGCUCCCGUAGUGGGUCCGGCUCACGCCGAUCCCGAAGUGGAUCAAUCCGUUCCCGCAGUGGUUCAGGCUCACGCCGUUCCCGAAGUGGAUCCCGUCGGUCUCGUAGUGGAUCAAACCGUUCCCGUAGCGGAUCAAACCGUUCCCGCAGUGGCUCAGGAUCGCGCCGGUCUCGUAGCGGCUCAGGUUCACGCCGCUCUCGCAGUGGAUCCGGCUCACGGCGUUCCCGUAGUCGCUCUGGCUCACGCCGCUCCCGCAGCGGCUCCGGCUCACACCGCUCCCGUAGCAGGUCACGACGCUCUCGUAGCGGAUCACGUCGAUCCCGUAGUGGAUCACGCCGUUCCCGUAGUGGAUCACGCCGUUCUCGUAGUGGUUCACAUCGCUCGCGUAGUCGCUCUGUGAGCAUUGGCAACAGGGAUAAUCGUAGUCGCAGCCGCAGCAAAUCCAAAAACAUUGCAGACCAGCAGAAACGCGGCAGCCGUUCUCGUUCGAGAAGUGCAGCAGAUUCGGAUACAGGCCGUGACAAUUCAACUCGUAAGAGGGUUAUAAGUGAUUCUGAAGAUGACGACACUCCUACGGUCGUUAAGAAACGUGCUAAGAUUACAGACACUGAUAAUGAGGAUGAACCUAAUGAAGAAGCCAAUGGCACAGAAAAAGCAAAGGAUAACAUAGCUGAGAGCUCUGAAGAUGAAAACACGCCCAUUUUAAACGAACCAGGAAAUGACAAUUUUGUUUCCGACUUUGAUGCGAUGUUACUGCGCAAGAAAGAGGAGAAACGCGUUCGUCGUCGCAAGAAUGAUAUCGAUAUAAUUAACGAUAAUGAUGAUCUAAUCGACCAGUUAAUCAUAAAUAUGAAAAAUGCAUCUGACGAGGAUCGACAGCUGAACAUGACCGGGAAACCAGCCACAAAGAAAAUAUCGAUGCUCAAGCAAGUGAUGUCGCAGCUCAUCAAAAAGGACCUCCAACUUGCAUUUUUAGAACACAACAUACUCAACGUACUUACUGAUUGGCUAGCCCCUCUGCCAAAUAAAAGUCUCCCCUGUCUUCAAAUACGUGAAAGUAUAUUGAAGCUUCUUGCUGAUUUUCCAACCAUCGAUAAGAGCUAUUUAAAACAGUCUGGUAUUGGAAAAGCUGUUAUGUACUUGUACAAACACCCACAAGAAACAAAGCAGAAUCGUGAUCGUGCUGGCCGUUUAAUAUCGGAAUGGGCCCGUCCCAUAUUUAACCUGAGCUGUGAUUUUUCAGCAAUGAGCAAGGAAGAACGCCAAGAACGUGAUCUGGCGCAAAUGUCCCGGCACCGCCAGAAAAGUCCAGAGCCUCAACCAACUUCCUCAUCUAAAUCACGCACACUGAAUCAUACAUUUUCAAGUGAGGAUAAGCUACUUCGCCCUGGAGAUCCGGGCUGGGUAGCCCGGGCCCGUGUCCCAAUGCCUUCUAAUAAGGACUAUGUUAUUCGUCCCAAAUCAACCGUUGAAGGCGAAAUCUCUGCAUCAACAAAACGCAAGCCUAAUCGUUAUGAGAAACACAUGAAGCGAUUUUUGGACUCGAAGCGUUUGAAGGAAAGUCGUCGUGCCGUAGAAAUUUCAAUAGAGGGUCGCAAAAUGGCUCUUUAAGGAAUUUUUGCAUGAAUGCUUGUCAUUACUAUUGAAAACACAUCAAAAAAAAAAGAAAAGAAAACCUUAGAACAAAAUGAGUAACAUAAUAUUUUGUAAUAUAAAAGCAAAUAAUGUGUCAGCAAUUAAGGAUUCGUGAGCAGAGAACAAGUCUUCAAUGGAGAUUAACAGACAAUCCGCGCAAACUUAAGCAAGCUGUCCCAAGAACUGUUAAAUAAAAUGAUAAUGAGAAUCCUAAGCACA